GCCGUCUGCGGGGCGGGGACGCCGUAGCGGUGGCGGCGGCUCCGUGUCGCCCGAGCCGGAGCGCGCAGGCCCGUCCCGGCUGUCUGGGGGCCGGGCCGGGCGGGGCGGGGGCGCCAUGUGGUUCAUGUAUGUGCUGAGCUGGCUGUCGCUCUUCAUCCAGGUGUCCUUCAUCACGCUGGCCGUCGCGGCUGGACUGUAUUACCUGGCGGAACUGAUAGAAGAAUACACAGUGGCCACCAGCAGGAUCAUAAAAUACAUGAUCUGGUUCUCCACAGCUGUGCUGAUUGGCCUCUACGUUUUUGAGCGCUUCCCCACCUGCAUGAUUGGCGUGGGCCUCUUCACCAACCUCGUCUACUUUGGCCUUCUGCAGACCUUCCCCUUCAUCAUGCUGACCUCGCCUAACUUCAUCCUGUCGUGCGGGCUAGUGGUGGUGAAUCAUUACCUAGCAUUUCAGUUUUUUGCGGAAGAAUAUUAUCCUUUCUCAGAGGUCCUGGCCUAUUUCACUUUCUGCCUGUGGAUAAUCCCAUUUGCAUUCUUUGUGUCACUGUCGGCUGGGGAGAACGUCCUGCCCUCUACCAUGCAGCCAGGAGAUGACGUGGUCUCCAAUUACUUCACCAAAGGCAAGCGGGGCAAACGCUUAGGGAUCCUGGUUGUCUUCUCCUUCAUCAAAGAGGCCAUUCUACCCAGUCGUCAGAAGAUGUACUGAUCCCCUUGGGAGGGGAUGCGGGGCAAGGUCAGGAGAGGCAGGCCCCUGGGCCUCCACUAGGUGGGGGCAGUGAGCCCGGAAGGCACCUUCCCUGACUUCUUCCACUCUCCUUGAAGCCCCCUCCCUACCCUCCUUGGGAGGCUCAGAUCUGACGCUGCUAGAGGCUGUGACCUCAGGGGGCACCACGGGGUGGCAGAGCCUGCCUGGCUGGGGGGCCGUGGUCCAUGUGGUUGUGUGGAAGCGGGGCUCUCGGUGGUCCUCCCCACUCCCUUCCGUGCUGAGUCAGGAAGUUCUGGCUCGGCCGGGGCAGGCAGGGGCCAUGGAGCUGGAGAACAGACAGUGAUGAAUUCUUUGGGCAGAUGGCCGUGGGGCAGGGCCAUGGCUUGCCACUUCCGAGAGAGAGUUUGCUGUUGAACUGUGAUUUCUGUCCAAGACUGAUUCCUGUUUGAAUAAAGAUCCUAGGUGGCAUUGUUUGCCUUAAUACCCUGAAAGUUCAUCUUCCUUUCUUUCUGCUGACUUUCUGCCCUGGACUGGAUGGACUUUUCUGCUCCAGGUGUUCCUUUUCUGGGAUUGGGUCUUGCCUUUCUGAAGGGACUGUUCUUGUGGCCGGUAGUGGGAAGAGGGCAGAGAUGAGGUGAGCCUGGUCAGGGGAUGGGGAGUAGCAGGGGGAGGUGCCUUAUGCCCCUCCGUCUUCUUCCAUCUCUUCUAUCCCUGAGGCUCCAUGACUGUCAAGCUGGGGGCACAGAUGGGGACAGUUUGUGACAGUUUGUGACGGGUUAGAUUUUCAGAGCAACAUUACAAUACCCUAUUUAUAAGUCUUCCCCUGGGGAAAAGGAGUGGUUUCUGGCAGAAUUCUAUGUCAGGCUCAAGGAGAAACAAAGUAAGACUUGGCUUACAGGCACCCUGGGCUACGGCCUGUUUUUAAAGAAAUGGGACUAGUGGGAGAAGCUCUUUGUCACUCUAAGAGCACACAAGGGCUGGCCCUGUCUUCUGUGUGCUUGGUUCCUGGGGAGAUGACCUCAGGCUUUUUAGAAGGCAGGCCAGGUUCUGAGCACAGACCAGCAUUUGUUGACCUUGCACUCCAACUACAGUGCCUUGCAAGUACUCACUAGUACAUAUUAAAGUAGAUUCCCCAUGAGAGCCAUUAUUGGCCAUAAUGAUACCUCAAAGCAAGGCUGGCAGGUGCAGAGAGGGACUGCACACACAUGGUACCUUUAAGCCCCCGCAAAGACCCCCUGGGCUUGAAAUUCUUCCACAUCUUGCCUCAAGUCCCACCACAGCCUUCAUUUCCUUGGCUUUAGCAUUCCACGGUCUCUUAAUACCAGCUUCCCCUGGCCCUGGGAGGAGCAGCACAUUUUGGUCUCUUGGUGGGAAUGAGAUGGUCAGGCCUUUUUAUCCUAUGCAGGUGAAUGACAAGGUGGAGGACACUGGGGGCCAGCGUCCUCCUCACUGCUGGGCCGGCAGCUGGCUCUGCCCUCGCUUGCUGUCCACUUCUCACCCCCAUGACGUGGCUUCGCCCUCCCCCUUUGCUCCACUGCCAGUGCUCUCCUGGGGGUCGCCAGCGGCCUUCUUGUGCUAAAUCCAGCAGACCCUUUUCCCAUCUUCCUGGGUCUCUGCAGCAUCUGACAGGGCCAGUCCCCCCCAGCUUCUUGACUCGCACUUCCUUGGCACUCGAGCGGCUAUUCUCUUCCUACCUCUGCGGCUUCUCUUGGCGAUACCCUGUGCAGGCUUCUCCACUCGCCCCAUGCACCGUGGGGUUUCUCAGGGUUCUGUCGUGGGCGCUGGAGGAACCCGUCCAUGCUGAUGGCUGUGAAUCA